ACCACCUUAAGUCCUUAACCCAUCGAAGCCGCUUCUGCUGCAGUUGCCAAACCUCAAAACCCUCCUUAACGAAGCACAUCUCUCUUCGCAAACCACUUUCUUUCGUUCGUUCUUCUUUUCUUGUCUCUUUCCAAUGGAAGACGACGAUGAGUUCGGAGAUUUGUACACUGACGUUCUCCAACCCUUCACUUCCUCAUCCUCUGCGCCCCAACCGUCACAACCACAUCACUCUUCCCCUGCACCAGCACCCGCACCCCCUUCCAUCGAUCUCAAUCUCACCGCCCCCGAGAUCCCCUACGCCCCUUCCCACUCGAAUUCCCCUGCAACUCAUCGCUCUUCGGACCUUAUGAUUGAUGGCCGCGAUGACGUCGCUGCCGUGCCACCGGAGCCAGUCGUAGACGCUAGGGUUCCCCAUGGCGGCAAUGCUGAAAUCACCCCAAGGGUUUCUCUGGAUUUGAACCGCGGCAAGGAAUUGGCAUCCGGUGUGGACGCUGGGACAAAAGGCGAUGAUUUGAUGGAUAAGGAUGUGAAAUUCGAUAUCGAGGAUGACGAUGGCGGGGAUAUUGGUUCGGAGCCGGUUAUUCCGGGUCUGUUAGCUGAUGCUACCAGUGGCAGCGGCGGUGGAGAUGGUGGUGAGGAUUUGAGGAGGGUGGAAGGAGGCCUCGAGGGUGGCGGUGCUGAUGAUGAUUGGGAUAGUGACAGUGAUGAUGAUUUGCAGAUAGUGUUGAAUGAUAACAGCCAUAUGGCAAUGGAGAGGGGUGGGAUGGUUGGCGAUGACGACGACGAAGAUGAAGAUGGCGGGUUGGUUAUUGUGGCAGACGGUGAUCCGAAUCACGGAGGGGAGGAGCAAGACUGGGGCGAGAAUGCCGCAUUGCCUUCUGAUGGCGAGAGGAAAGACGCCGAGUUGGCCAAAUCCAGCACUGGAGUGGCUGCGCCACUCAAAAUUGGGUAUAGCGGUCAUGGUUAUCAUCCAUUCCAUUCACAGUAUAAGUAUGUCAGGCCUGGUGCAGCACCAAUGCCCGGAGUUACCACUUCUGCUCCUGGAGGGCCCCUUGGUCCGAUUCGUCCGCUUGCUAACAUGGCUGGUCGUGGCAGGGGGGAUUGGAGACCCCCUGGUGUAAAAGGGGCUGCUGCAAUGCAAAAGGGUUUUCUUGCAGGUUCUGGAUUACCAGGUUGGGGCAACAGUGCAGCAGGGCGGGGUUUUGGUGGUGGCCUAGAAUUCACACUUCCUUCCCACAAGACUAUAUUUGAUGUUGACAUUGAGAGCUUUGAGGAGAAACCAUGGAAAUAUCCGAAUGUUGAUGUGUCAGAUUUUUUCAACUUUGGGUUGAAUGAAGAUAGCUGGAAAGAUUAUUGCAAACAGCUGGAACAACUACGCCUAGAGUCUACAAUGCAAAGCAAGAUUCGUGUUUAUGAAAGUGGUAGAACAGAGCAGGAAUAUGAUCCCGAUUUGCCCCCAGAGUUGGCUGCAGCUACUGGUAUACAUGAUGCUCAUGUUGAACAUGCAAAUUCUGUUAAGUCAGAUGUUGGACAAACUGAUGUUGUUAAAGGUUCUGGACGUGGUCGACCGCCACUACCAACUGGUAGAGCAAUUCAGGUGGAAGGUGGCUGUGGUGAACGUCUUCCUUCCAUUGAUACCCGUCCUCCUCGGCUCCGUGAUUCAGAUGCAAUCAUUGAGAUUGUUUUACAGGGUGCAGAAGAUGAUGAUUCCACUACUGGAAUUGGUGCACAAGAUCUACAAGAUGAUGGAGAUGGCACAGAACCCCCAAGAGAGGAUUUUAGAGAAGGCCAUGUAGUUAGACAUGAAAUUCCAAGGUUGGAGCCUGAGUACUUUGAUAAUUUUCCACAGGAUUAUAAUGGUCAAAAGAAAGAGCUUGGAGGAAGAAGGAUGCCAUUCAUGACUUCCAGUACCACUAAAAUACCCAAUGGGGAUGAAAAUUCGUUCUGCCCACGUGAAGAGCCAAACAAUUAUUGUUCUAAGGGCCAAAAUCCCAGGCCCUAUGGUGGCAAUUUUGCCUCCUCACAUGAGGAAAGGUGGACACAAAGAAGUGUGCAUGACCAGUCCCCCCCUAUUACCCCUGUUCAAGAAUUGGCAACUGAUGACAAUCAAAAAGAAGAGUCAGCUGAAAGCAUGGAUGGGAGACAUAGUGCACUUGUAUCAUCUCCUGUCACUAAGGAUACACGGGAGGCCACUGUGGAGGAUAAAGAUAUUGAACUUGAGAAUGCUGGGAUAGCUGAUGGCCGUGGUGGACUGGAAAAGGAGGAAACUGGUUUAAAUACAGUAGGUAAAAUGGAUAUGCCCACGGAUGGGACGGCUAAGAGACAAAUAUUAACAUCUGAGGUUGAGCAACCUUUGCCUGACGAAGUUGACGAUUGGGAGGACUCAAAAGCUGCCAGAAGCAGUGAUAACAGCAAAGCAAGAUCAGCAAGCAGCAGGGAUAACCGAAAGCGGCGUGAAGGCUUUGAGGAAGAAGUAGUUCAAGAUUCACGAUCAUCACGUCUGGAUGGCAUCCGACAGCAGCCUGAUGAACAUGAGCAGGGACACUACAAGAGAGAGCAGGAUGGAAAGCAUGAACCUGAAAGAAAUCGCAUGCAUAAAGGUAGAGAGGGAUCACACCCUUACAAGGAGCGUCAUCCUAGUUCUUCUCAUCUAUUGCAGACAAAUACUGAUGAAUUUGACAGGAAAAAAGAUAGGGACAAUUUUGACAUGGAUUGGACACAAAGAGAUGAUGAUCUCUAUAGCAGAAGGGUUAGAAAUGAAGAUCCUAGGAAGAGGGAUAGGGCUAAGGUUCGAGAAAAUGAGAGAAGGGACAAAGAUGAUAGUGCUCAUUUUAGAAAACAGUUAGAUAAUGGUGCUUGCAGGGUUCCUUAUGAUAAGGAUGUUGGGUCAAGAGACUCAAGACUAUGAAGGCGUGGAGGAUCACCAUAGCAAGAGGAGGAAAGAUGAAGAAUAUCUUAGGAGGGAGCAUAUUGACAAGGAAGAAAUUUUGCAUAGCCACAGAGAAAGUUCCAGUCGGCGAAGGCGAGAAAGAGAAGUGGUGUUAGAUCCUAGAAAGAGAGAUGAUCUACACAGAACUAGAGAUAACCUUGAAGAUCAAUAUGCUACCAGGCCGAAAGAUGAGACUUUGCUACUUAGGGAGAGGGAUGAUAGGCCGAGAGAUAGGGAGGAGUGGCAUCGGAUGAAACAGCCACAUGAAGAACACCUACCCAAGCGUGAAAGAGAAGAAGGACGAACUUCUAUAAGAAGUGGACGAGGAUCUGAAGCUAAAGUGUGGGCUGGCCAGGUUAGAGCUAAGGAUGAACAUAGAGCUUCUGAAAAAGAACUCCAUUCUAGAGAAGGAUUGCGGCAUGGUGACCAACUGAAGAAGAGGGAUCGAGUUCAGGAUGAAAGUGCCCGUCAUAAGGGGCGCGAUGAUGCUUACACUCGUGGUCAAUAUAGUAGUGAGGAAAGGCGAUCUAGGCAGGAAAGAUCUAAUGGUCGUAGUGAUAACCAGAGAGUUCAUGAUAGAAAGCAUAAAGAGGGAUCACGCAAAAGCAAAGAACCUGAAAUUAGCGAUCCUAAUAGUUUAGGCUUGCCCAAGAGAAAUCAGGAAAAUCAAAGUGGCCCAACCAGCGAGAAGGGCUUGAAAGGCUCUGGUGAUGAAGAACAUGCUGAGCAUGAAGUUCCAGCGCAUCGCCUGCCCAGAAAGCACCGGGAAGACAUUUCCUCAGAUGAUGAACAUCAAGAUUCUCAUAGAGGACGUUCUAAAUUGGAGCGGUGGACAAGCCAUAAGGAAAGAGAUUUCAGCAUUAGCAGCAAAUCCUCUUUGCAGUUCAAAGAGAUCGAUAAGAAUAAUAAAGAUGGGUCCUCUGAAGCUAGAAAACCUGUGGAUGAAUCUUCUAAAGCAAUGGAUAUUGACAACCAUCUCUUGUCCACUGAAGGGAGGGAAUCUGUAGACUUGGAGUGUAAGGAUGCCGAUGCAAAACAAUUGGGGGACAGACAGGAUCGACACCUUGACACAGUUGAGAGGUUGAAGAAGCGAAGUGAGAGGUUCAAGCUUCCAAUGCCAAGCGAAAAAGAGGCCCUGGCUAUCAAGAAGCUAGAGAGUGAACCACUGCCUACUGCCAACAGUGAAAACCCAGUUGAGUCCGAGGUCAAACAAGAGCGACCUGCCCGAAAAAGGAGAUGGAUGAGCAGCUAAAAUGUACUGAACUUUUGGCCAUCAUAAUUAUCCGGCAGAAUUGAAUCUAGUUUGACCAUGGGAAGAUAUCUAUCCGUUCAGCCUGAUCUUUUUGAAAAAUUAGAGACCCUGGCAAGCCAACCAUGCUUAGUGUUUGAUGUUGAAAAUGGAACGAACCUGUAGGGUUUGAUAUGAUUUGUACUUCAGUAUCUGAUUUUGUACCCAUACUACCUAUACAUUAAUUGUACACUGUAUAUACAGAUAAAAUGUAAAACAUGAACUGCCAAACUAUAGAGGUGGCACAUAUUUUUGGUGUCGAAAUGUGGCUAACCCGUAUGGUGUGGGUUAUGUGACAAACCUGACCAUGGUUUGGACGCAAAAGGACACGCAUGGUUGGAGAGGCUGAACUGAGCCUGAGCCUGAGCCUGAUACUGGCAGGCACAGGUCCAUGGACGAUGAUUAAUUGAUUACCAAAAAUGAGGAAUUUUCUUGAUGAAGGCCGGUCCAAAUAAGUGCAUCUCGAUCACCAACCGUGUUGUUUCCGUCAUUGAAGUUAUACACGUUAGGGAUGAUUUAUCUAUGUUGUAAAAUGUAACAAACAUUUUCAUUAAACUUGCUUCCUAUAUCUUUUUAA